AUGAAGAAACGAGAUUGGCUCCUUAAAGAGGCCAUUAAUGUUUCUGGUAAAGCCAACAGAAACACUGAGGAGUGGCGACAUUACCGUAAAGUGCGUAACGAAGUAGUCUGCCUAACAAAUAGAAGCAAACAGGAAUUUUACAGAUCAUCUAUUGAAGAAAACGAAGGUCACCCUGGGAAAAUGUGGAACUCGAUUAAUGGCAUCUUGAAAUGUGAUAAAAAGUCCUCUUCUCCAAGAUCAAUAAAAGAGGAUCGUUUCGAGAUCAAGGACUCACAUGGGAUAGCUGAAUCUUUCUGUAGGUAUUUUGCUAAUAUUACAUCUGAAUUUAUGGUUAAAACACCUAUACCUAAAACAAGCUUUCAUAAACUAAAGAAAUUUAUCGAGUCCAAAUGUUUAAGUGACACUAAGUUCAGUAUUCCAACGGUUGACAUAGACUUUGUGAAGAGCCAACUGCUUAAAUUUGAGACGAAUGCAGCUGUCGGUCUUGAUUAUCUGGGAGCCAAAAUUCUUGGUUGUGCUGCUCCAGUUAUAGCACCCCAUAUUACAAGAAUAAUUAACUUAAGUAUUUCAAUGUCUUCAGUGCCAUUAUGUUGGAAACGUGCCAGGGUCACGCCCAUAUUUAAAGGUGGAGAUUUUACGGACAGAUCCUGUUAUAGUCCCAUCUCAGUUCUACCUCUUUUAUCAAAAGUACUUGAAAGACAUGUCAGUGAGAAAUUAUAUUCUUAUUUAACAGUUAACCAGCUAAUCUCCAACAAUCAAUCAGGAUUCCGCAAAAACCACUCAUGCCAAUCACUAUUAAUAAAACUACCUGACUUCUUGCUUCACAACAUGGACCAAGGGAAGUUUUCCGGCUUAACAAUGUUAGAUCUACGUAAAGCUUUUGAUCUUGUUGACCAUUCAUUACUGCUCCAGAAAUUGCACUUGUAUGGUUUGGAUGAUCAAGCAUUGUCUUGGUUUACUUCUUACCUCAAAGACAGAGAAUUUCAAGUGAAAAUCAAAAAUGAGCUUUCUUCUAAAGCAUCCAUUAAAUCAGGUGUACCACAAGGGUCAAUUCUAGGGCCCUUGUUAUUUAUUAUCCAUAUGAAUGACCUUCCAUUACAUCUGAAUGACACCCAAAUAGAUAUGUUUGCAGAUGAUUCUACUCAGUAUGUAUCUCGUUGUUCAGUCCAGAGUGUACAAGAACAACUCAGUACCGAAAUGUUACCAAUUAUACAAUGGACUGAAACGAAUAAAAUGGUUCUCAACGAACAGAAAACUAAGGCAAUGUAUAGCAUCAACCAGGAAAGUGUCUGA